AAAGUUCUUAGUGAAGAAUGUCAAGGUUUGAAAGGAGGGUCUAAAAUAUCAUUUCUGGCAAAGUUAUGCGUGGUUUACCGUUCUUGUUACUUCCUCAAUGCGCUGUUUCAAAUGUGUUUAAUUCUCUCACUUUUGGUGUUCCAUGGAAAAACCCCUUAUGCAGGACGAUCGUGAAUGAAUGCAUACUACCGCAUUUGUGGGGUUGGCUAUCUCUGGAGCAACUGAUUGGCUAGACGGGUACGUGGCUAGGAAGAUGAAUAUAAAUUCAGUUGUGGGCUCCUAUCUUGACCCCCUUGCUGACAAGGUUCUAAUUGGUUGUGUUGCUCUGGCUAUGGUCAUUAAUGAUCUUCUGCCAAGUUGUGGCAUGGAGUGUAGUGGCUUCAUGAGAGGUAAUUUAAUGUGAAUGGUGUCACUGAACAGUACACCUUUCUUGCCUUUUUCUUCAUGGCAACUUUCUCUCCUCUCUUCUUGAACUUUUUCUUUCUCUAUUGAUGAUGAACUUGUUUCGGCAAUCCAUAUGUCUAGGACUGGCAAGUUGAUUAGUUUUUAUAUACCAACUAGGAUACUCCUUUCUACAUUAGGUAGAGUCAGCAGAUUCAUAAUAAAAAGUGCAAAGCUUGUAUCCAUAUAUACUUCGUAAAAGAGAGAUCUAUUCAUGUGCAACCAAACACGGCCCAUGGCAUGCUAAUAUCAUGUCAUCGACCCAAUCUUAGAUCUUAUUGACUAUGCUUAUGAAAUGUCCGUUGAUUUGCUCAGAUAGAAUAUAUUUUGGCUUAAGAUUUAAUUGA